GGGAGGUGGACUCCUCGAGGUUCGAGGGGUUCUGAUGCCUUCGUGGGUCCUCCCCCGAGCGCUCCAACUCGGCCGAGCUCGCCAGGCUGCAGCCGCGGCAGUACUCGCAGGCGCCUAGCUUCGGCGCCAGCAGACCCGCCACGGCACCCGCCCCCAUCAGCACCGGCACGACGCCGCACGGCGGCCCCGCCGGAGGAGCCCUGAUGCCGCCUGGCGCCGUGCAGAGGGAGCCGCUGUCUCCGAGCGCCAGCGGGGCUCGCCCCAUGCUGCCGUCGGGAGCGCGCCGAUCUGACCCGGAGAGCCCCACGGCUGCCGGGGCGCUCCUGAGCAGGCCCGCCAGCGGCAGCAAGCAUGGCAGCGCCCCUGGCUUCUGGCCCAGGGGCUGGGAGGACAGCGCCCCGAUCCGGGCGCCGAGGAGCGCCUCGGCCGCCGCCGCGGUGCAGAGGGCACCGGCGGCGCCCUCCUGGGAGCUCCGCGCCCGGCAGAGCAGGGCCAGCCUGGGGAGCAAGCCGCCGCCCAGGUAUCACGCCCCGCAGCUCGGGGGCAGCCAGCUCGUGGGGCCGGCGCAGCCGCCCCCGGGCGCCACCAUGGGCCACGGGCUUCUGCGGUCCGGGUCGAGGAACGACUUCUUCUACCCCGUGCCGCAGUCCGCGCCCCGCACGAGCGCCGCGCCUUCGCCGGCCAGCCUCCCGCGGCAGAGCAGCGGCGGCGCCUCGCGCUGGCGGGAGUCCGGCAGGCCGACCCCGGCGAGCACCCCCGCGCGCCGGGACUCGGGCGGCGCGCGCGCGGCGGACGAGGCGGCGGCCGCGGUGCAGCUGAGCCGAGCUCGGCCCGGCCGCGGCGAGGU